AUGGAGAAAUCAGGUGAAAUAAUAACAAUUUUUAUAGGACAGGCUGGUACGCAACUAGCGAAUGCUUGUUGGGAAUUAUUCUGCUUGGAACACGGUGUAGCUCCAAACGGCUGCAUUCAACAAGGUUAUUACCCCAUAGACAGUUCGUUUUGUACAUUUUUUACGGAAACACAAGCGAGAAAGUUGACGCCACGGACAUUGAUCGUCGAUCUAGAACCAACGGUGAUCGACGAGAUUCGAACUGGUUCCUACAAACGUUUGUUUUCUCCGGACUCGUUGAUCAGUGGAAAAGAGGACGCGUCAAACAAUUAUGCGAGAGGCUACCAUACCAUAGGUAAAGAGGCAAUCGAUCUCGUGUUGCAUCGCGUUUGCAAACUAUGGGAAUCAUGUUCUAGACCUUGCGGAUUCAUCGUGUUCAGAUCGUUUAGCGGCGGAACCGGCAGUGGUUUUGCCACGUUACUGCUGCAGCGUCUAUCGCGCGAUUACCCUAAGACAAUAACUUUCGAAUUUGCCAUCUAUCCAUCUCCUAACAUCUCCACUGUUAUCGUGGAACCUUACAACUCGGUUUUCACCACAGUCGGUAGUCUAGAUAACGUGGACUGCUCCUUUCUCGUAGACAACGAGGCCUUAUACAAUAUUUGCGCAAGAACCUCCUCCCUUCACAGAAAUUUGGAUGUGAACAAUCCAACGUACACGAAUCUGAAUCGACUGCAGGCUCAAGUGAUUUCGAGCGUUACAGCCUCGAUGAGGUUCGAGGGAGCCGUGAAUCUGAGCUUGCAAGAACUUCAAACAAAUCUGGUACCCUAUUCGAGGAUUCACUUCGCCCUGACUACGUAUUCUCCGUUGAUUUCCCCUGCGAAAGCCGCGCACUGCGACAUUAACACUCAGCAAAUCACGUACGAGUGUUUCGACCCAGCUAACCAGGUGCUGACUAGUGUUCCACUCGUAGAAUUUAUUCGUGACUCUCCUGAUCGAUUUGUAGAUGGUCAAAUGUGAUCUACGCACAGGAGCUUACAUGAGUUGUUGUCUGCUGUACCGCGGAGACGUAAAUCCAAAUGACGUAAGUAGGGCGAUCGCGUCGUUGAAAGGAAAGAAGUCGAUUCGUUUUGUCAGCUGGAGUCCGACCGGGUUCAAGGUAACUUACUCGUUUUUUCAAGUAACAGCGAUGACGUUUCUAUUUCUUUGUAUACGUCGCACAAAGAUUUAUCACGAUCACGGCUCGUGGAUCAUCACGGAAUGAUGCACCGUUUUGCUAGACUAUUGACGUACGUUUGUUAGAUAAUGAGCCCAUACAUAUUUUGGCUAGAACGAUGAACUGUAAAUACAGGGACUGAACUUUGGCAAUGGAUGAUGUAACGAGUUUGUCUAGAUACGUUGCGUGAUUCGUGAGUAAAAGUGACGCGAAACGACAUGGUAGUUUCACGGAUAGUUUCUUCUAGGAAUACUGCCAGCAAUCACGCUACAAGGGAACCGAUAAAAAUGAAAAUUUUCAGGUAGGAAUUAAUUAUCAACCGACCACCACGGUUCCCGGCGGAGACUUA